GGGAAGCUUCCGCCCCUGGGACUCGCCGGGGGUCGUGGAGAUGGGAUGAUUUCGGGACCGGCCAGGGACGGCGGCUGACUCCUGCAGGCUGGGUCCUCGAGGGGGCACAGGGCGAGAGAACCGUGAUGGCCGCGGGUAUUAAAGUGGCGAGACAUCCCGAGCAAGCAGCUGUCUGCUUCCUUGGACCAUCACUCCAGUGCUCAGCUUCAGUAACAAUAACUAAUUCCUAAUCGGGUCGCAUCCCAGUCGCUCUUUCAGCUCAGUACUUCCUUUCACCUGUUGUUUUGUUGCUCAGUCAAUCACUUUUCACCCUCCCACUCUCACCGCCACGAUGAAGUUCUUCAGCGCCGCUCUCGCCGUGCUCGCCGCCGGCUCCGCCGUUGCCGCCCCGGUUGACAGCCGCAGCGAGCCGUGCCCCUGCGAGGGCUCCGGCUCCCCGUCGCUCCCUCCCGUCAGCCUGCCGACCGUGAGCGUGCCGUCUGCCAGCAUCCCGCCCAUCAGCCUGCCCACGCCGUGCACGACGCUCAGCAGCCCGCCCGGCCAGAUCACGGGCGCCCCUGGCGGCGGCGACUCCGUCUCGGUCGUCGUGGGGGCCCUCGUCGAGGUCGUCGUCGACGUCGAGGCCAAGGUCAAGGCUGAGCUGGGCCUGAUUGCCGACAUCAUCGCCAAGGCCGACAUCGACGUCGAUGCGCUCGUUAAGGUGCUCGUGGACCUGGAGGCCGACCUCAAGGUCCUGGUCGACGCCGAGGCCAAGCUCAAGGGGCUCGCCAUCGAUGCCGCUGUCCUGGUUGCCGCUGAUCUCGAGGUUGUGCUCAAGCUCGUCGCCGAGAUCCAGGCCCUGCUCGCCGAGGUCGAGGUCUGCCUGAAGGGUCUCGUCGCGAUCAAGGCUGACAUCCUCGUCGUCAUCGGCGUGCACCUCCACGCCUGCCUCGACGUGAUCAACGCGAUCGCCAGCGUCGUCGUCAAGUUCGCUCUGGCCGUCGUGGCUGCCGUGACCGCCAACGUUGACCUGCACGACAUCGUGGUCAAGAUCUCGGCCUCCGUCGACGUCAUCAACAACACCUGCGGCAGCAUCGCCGGUCUGCUUGCCCCCGUCCUCAAGCUCGUGCACUAAAGUGGGCCCUGUCUGGUAGUUCUGGGACGCUGGCCGCGCCCGCCGGGGCCUCACGGGGUGGUUGCGAAGGGGGUUGUCGACACUUCGUCGUAUCU